CAAACUGACUUUCAGGAACACAGAAUUUUUUUCACAAGUUCCACCUGAUAAAAGUAUUGAUGAACUGCUUUUGAUCAUGACUUCACCAGACACAAAAUUAAAAAAAAUAUUGAGACAAACAAAAGAUGAAUUAAAGUGGUCCCUUCUAAAAGGAUGAUGAUGCAUAUCUGUUCAUUAGCAUAUUGGGAGCUAUACCUUGUUUGUCACUGAGGACUUGAGACUUGAAUUUACUGGAGAGUUACUGUUUUGAAAAGAAUGCUGAUACUUCAAAUAGACAUAAUUAUUUUACCUCAGUAAAAUACUUGUACAAGACACUUUCAAUAGUAGUUCCUUUACAGUUGCUUAUGUUUACACAUAUAUGCAAGAACAUUAAUAAUAUUCCAUUAUCCUCAACUCUGCGUGUAAAUUAGUGCUGUCAACUCUGUGCUUGCCUAGACUGUACAGUCAUUAUGCCAUACACUCUACCUAUAACUGUGAAACACUAUUUAUGUUAGAGAAUAAUAAGAGGAAUUUGUUAGGACAGCAGAUCAAGAACACUUGUAACAGUAUUGUACUAAAUGAAGGAUCCCCCUUUUAAAAGGAACAUUCCUCAGAAAUCUUUUCUGUCUUCUGUAAGAAUAUGAACAGAGGCAGAAGAGAUGUUGGAAGCCCGUAUAUCAAAAUAUAAUUUUCAAAUAUUCUCAGGAGGGCCCAGUAGUGUGUAACAAAGGAGACUUUCCCAGCACAGGAAAUGGCAUGGAAAGACAAUGGUUUCCUUUUUUUCACUUAACUGUAGUAAGUAGAUUUAAGAAAAAAAAAAAUCAAUCAUUUUAUACUCAAGAGUCUUCCUAGGGAAAAACUUAAACAUUUUUCAACACAGUUUUGUACACCAAAGAUAUUCUACUUUUUAAUUCCAAUUCACCCCUGUCAGGUCCCUAACAGCUCUUUGUGGCAUUACUCUCCCAUUUUUAUUAUUGUUCUUUGAAGACAGAAAUACUGAGUGGUUGUAUAUGAGACUUAGAGAAUAGGAGGCAAGACUCCCAUAAAAAUCCUGACACGGGCAACUGAGCUGAACAGAAUGCUCUAAAUUGGAGUUGUGGUGUGAGGGAGACAGGGCAAAGCUACCGUAACUCCUCCGGGCUUUUAGCCAGAUUAUGCCCCAGUGCAGCUUUAAUACGAAACACCUUUUCAUCUUUGGAUGUGUAUGGAUUGUGCAGUUCUGAGUAUUUAUUGCAAAACCCAUCCUGUGACAGCGGAGUUUAGUGGUAUAAAACUGUGUACACUGGACUGUGGUGGGUGGAUCUUGGCUGGCCAUCAGGUACCCACCAAGUUGCUCUAGCACUCUUCAGCAGAAUGGGGUGGGAGAAAACAAGAUGGAAAAAAUUCAUGGAUCAACAUAAAGUCAGUUGAAUAAAGCAAAGACUGUGUAUGGAAGCCAAGGAAAACAGAUUUACUCUCUGUUUCCCAUCAGUAGGCAAUGUCCAGGCACUUCCUGGGAAGCAGUGCACAUAGCAGUUGCUCUGCAAGACAAAUGUAAUAACAAAUGCCCUCUCUCCUCACCUUUUCCUCUCCUUUUUCUUGGCUUUUAUUGCUGUGCAGAUGUCAUAUGAUGUGGAAUAUCCCUUUGGGUAGUUGGGGUCAGCUGCCCUGGCUAUGUCCUGUCCCAAGAUCUUGCCCACCUUCAGCCUACUGGUGAGAGGGGAAUGUUGGAGAUACAGCUGUGAUGCUGUCCCAGCAAACACCAACGUGUUACCAACUCCUUUCCAGCUACCAGUACAGAGCACAGCACUGAGGGCUGCUCUGGGGAAAACUGACUUCACCUCAGCCAGACCCACGGGCCCUAAAGGCACACAAACAUGGGGAGGCAGCAAUUGACACAGCCAGUAGAUUACUCAGAACAAGUAGGCAAACUGUGUGUAAGAAAGUCAGCAACUCCUGUUUUAUCCACAGGCCCAUCAGCACAGGAAUUCAGUGUCAGCUGCUUGGUGCCAUAAUACUGCUUUAGGGAGUACAGGAUUCCAACACUUGAGAUGCUCUGUGCAAAGCACAAUCAAACAGAGGGUCUGGUAACCUGAACAUGGGAAUUACUCCCCUUCAUCCUGAAGAAGUGAGAGCUGUAAAAUGUAAUGACAGCAAUAUCAAGUAAACAUUAACUAUUCUAGCAGUGAUUAUUAUCGCAAACACCAAGAUAUUUAUCUAAUUAUGGUUAAUGUGUGAACAGAAUUACAUCCCUUAUCAGACCUCUGGACAUGCUUUUCUACCUUCAUCUGGAAUGGAGGUUACUGGGGUAUUUUGCAGUAGCUUUGAGUGCUUCCUCCAAAAUCUCACGUUACCAACACCUGCUAUGACAGUCAUGAGGACAGAUAAAAAGAGCGUCCCAGCAGCUCAUAAGGAGAUUACUUCCAAAAGCCACAUUAGUACAGGUCUGUGGGUUAGCAACCAUAAGCCACCGAUGUGAAUUCAUUGCAGAGGACUGAAUGGCUUUCCUUAUAUAAUAGAUAUUUAUAUAAUAUUUAGUUACCUCUUUAGAAAGGCUUUUGUACUUGUUGUUAGUAAAAUUAUUAAACUUUGUCCAAAUGAUAAAUGCUUUUUUCUUCUUUUAAUAAUAUUGCUUAUUAGAGAGUGUCCAAAGGAGGCAACAAAGAUGGUGGAGUGUCUGGAGAAGUGACUGAGGUCACUUGGCCAGCCUGGAGGAGACAGAGGGGACACCUCAUUGGGAUAUUCAACAUUGUCACAAGGGGAGGCAGAAGCACAGCUACUGAUCUCUUCUCUCUGGUGACCAGUGACAGGACUGGAGGAAACAACACAAAGCUGAGUCAGGAGAGCUUUAGGUUGGAUCAGGAGAAGGUUUUUCACCCAGAGGGUGAUUAAGCACUGAAACACCCUCCCUGGGGAAGUGGUCACAGCACCAAGCCUGAAAAAGUUCCAGAAGUGUUUGGACAAUGUUCUUGGGCACACGGUGUGACUCUUGGGGUGUUUUGUGCAGGGCCAGGAGUUGGACUGGAUGAUCCUGGUAAGUCCCUUCCCACUCAGCGUAUUCUGUGAGUCUAUAUUUGGGCUGAGCUGUCUCAACACAGAUUUAGGGUUGAUUUGUGUCCAAAUCCUUCAGAAUUUGGGAGCCUUCAGUUCAUGAUGAAUGUGGGGAUCUUAUUAAUGUAGAGGGGUACUGAAGUGUUUGGAAAAAGACCACGCAAGAUAUUUUAAAUCAGAAAUGGUGUGGCCAGCAGGACUAGAAUAGUGAUCUUCCCCCUCUACUCACACUGGUGAGGUUGCACAAUGAAUCCUGUGUUCAGAUUUGGGCCCUUCACAGCGAGAAGGACAUUGAGGUGCAGAAGCGUGUCCAGAGAAGGGCAGCUGAUCAAGGGUCUGGAGCAUAAAUCUUGUAAGGAGCAUUUGAAGGAGUGUUCAGCCUGGAGAAAAGGAGGCUCAGAAAAGGAGGCUCAGGAGGGACAUUAUUGCUUUCGACUGCCUGAAUGGAGGAUGUAGCCAGGUGGGAGUUGGUCUCUUCUUCCAUGAAACAAGUGAUAGGGUGAUAGGAAAUGGCCUGAACUUGCACCAGAGGAAGUUUAGGUUGGAUAUUAGGAAAAAUUUCUUCACGGAACGGGUUGUCCAUCACUGGCACAGGCUGCACGGGGAAGUGGUGGAGUCACCAUUGCAGGAGGGAUUUAAAAGACGUUAAGAUGUGCCACUUGGGUACUUGGCUUAGUGGUGUACUUAGCAGUGCUAUAUUAAAGGGUGGACUUGAAGAUCUCAGAGGUCUUUCCCCACCGAAUUGUUUCUGCGGCGGAGUGAUUCAGUGACUCAGUGAGGGAGGCUGGCGUGAGGCGCAGCCCGACCGCGCGUCGCCAUGGCAACGCACAAAGCCUCGGCGCGCGUGCCCUCCCCCGGCCGCGCGCGGCGCUCUCGCGAGACUUGGUGCGGCGCGGCGCGGCGAGGCCGAGGCGGUCGGGGCCCGUUUCAAACCGGCGGUCGCUGGGCCGCGGCCCGGCGCGAGAUGGCGGAGAGCGACAAGGCGGAGGCGGCCGCGCCGCGCCGAGCCGAGGAGACGGCCGGCCAGGCGCCACAGCCACCGCCGCAGCAACAGCAGCAGCCGGCACCGCAACAACAGACGCCGCAACAGCCGCCGCAGGAUGAGGAGGCGGCGGCGGCGGCCGCGGCACCCGUUGGCGGCGCGGGCAGCGCAAAUGGCGUCAAAAUGGAUAAUGAUGAGACAGCAAAAGAAGGGAAAGCACCUGUGAAAGAAAAGUUUGUUGCAAAAGCAAAGGCAAUCCCUUCUCUUGGAAACAAGAAUAAAUUCCAUCCCUAUGUGAAGGAGAAGAAUGCAGGCUCUGGAGACAAGAAGGCUGUUAAUCGCAACAGAGUUUUUAUUAGCAACAUCCCAUAUGACAUGAAAUGGCAAGCUAUUAAAGACCUGAUGAGAGAGAAAGUUGGUGAGGUUACAUACGUGGAGCUGUUUAAGGAUGCUGAAGGAAAAUCAAGGGGUUGUGGUGUGGUUGAAUUCAAAGAUGAAGAAUUUGUUAAGAAGGCAUUAGACACUAUGAACAAAUAUGAUCUUAGUGGAAGACCCCUGAAUAUUAAAGAGGAUCCUGAGGGGGAACAUGCUCGUAGGGCACUGCAGCGGGGAGGAGGGCAGUUUCCAGGAGGACAUGGACCUGAUGCGGCACCUGGAAUGAUGAAUUUACCACCUUCUAUUCUCAAUAAUCCAAACAUUCCUCCUGAGGUUAUCAGUAAUUUGCAAGCAGGCAGGCUUGGAUCCACGAUUUUUGUUGCCAAUCUUGACUUCAAAGUUGGCUGGAAGAAACUGAAGGAGGUAUUCAGCAUUGCUGGAACUGUGAAGCGUGCAGACAUCAAAGAAGAUAAAGAUGGCAAGAGUCGAGGAAUGGGGACAGUUACCUUUGAACAAGCAAUUGAAGCUGUUCAAGCAAUAUCUAUGUUCAAUGGACAAUUCCUGUUUGAUAGACCCAUGCAUGUAAAAAUGGAUGACAAAUCAGUUCCUCAUGAAGACUUCCGUGUUGUGGACAGCAAAAGCUCACAAUUGCCUCGUGGUCUUGGUGGCAUUGGUAUGGGACUUGGACCAGGUGGACAGCCCAUCAGUGCAACACAGCUGAGCAUGGGUGGUGGAAUGGGGAGCAUGGGUCCAGGAGGUAUGGGAAUAGACGGCCCAGGAUUUGGUGGAAUGAGUAGAAUGGGAGGCGGACUUCCUGGAUUUCGUGGAAUGGAAGGAAUGCCUAACAUGGGAGGAUUUGGAGUCAACCGAAUGGGAGAAAUGUUCCGUGGUGGAAUGGGAGCAAACAUGGAAAGAGAAUUUGGUCGUGGUGACAUGGCAUUGAACCGUGGUUUUGGAGAGUCUUUUGGAAGAAUGGGUGGUGCAAUGAUUGGUGUUUUUGCAGGAGGAAUGGGAGCACCUAGCAUGGGCCCAGUAAGAUCUGGAAUGAGUGGUGGAAUGGGUGGUAUGAACAAUAUGGCAGGAGGAAUGGGAAUGGAUCGGAUGGGUUCUGGUUUUGAUCGAAUGGGACCAGCCAUGGGUGGAGGCCUGGACAGGAACAUGGACAUCGAUCGAGGAUUUGUGCCUGGCCCCAUGGGAGGUGGCAUGAGAGAGAGAUUAGGCUCUAAAGGCAACCAGAUAUUUGUGAGAAAUCUUCCGUUUGACUUGACCUGGCAGAAGCUAAAGGAGAAAUUCAGUCAAUGUGGUCAUGUAAUGUUUGCAGAAAUAAAAAUGGAGAAUGGAAAAUCCAAGGGCUGUGGAACAGUCAGAUUUGACUCACCAGAAUCUGCUGAAAAGGCCUGUAGGAUAAUGAACGGCAUAAAAAUCAGUGGCAGAGAAAUUGAUGUCCGCUUGGAUCGCAAUGCAUAAUUUAAAACUUUGUGUUCAGGAACAUUCCUAUGUCUGUUUAGCUUCUCUGUCUUAGUAAGUCAUUUUUAGUAACAUUGUAUGCUUACAAAAGCUGUAAAAAGGAACUUUUAAAUCCCACCAGCCUUUAACAGUAUAGUGUUUAAUAUACUGUGAUACUUGUUAACUGAAUCUUACUAUGUUUGGUUUUUAAAGACAAUUCGCCUGAUUUUUGUUGUUUUUUUAGAGGCGCUGAGCACCUGCAGGUCCCUAUAGACUAGGGAUGCUUUGGAUGCUCAGUGCCUUUGGAAAAUUAGGCCAAGUGUCUCUAGUCAUUCAGUUUAAAUGAAUGGUUAUACUGUUUUUAAUAAAAUAAGCCAUUUUCUCUGUUAA